ACAUGUACUUUUUACUAAUUGUCAGUUUGUGUAUUGCGGGAAGUUUGGCUGAUUCUCGGAUCGUCAACGGUACAAAUGCGGAGGAAGGCGAGUUUCCUUACGCCGUUUCCCUCCGAUACAACAAUAGUCACACUUGCGGAGGAACAAUAUUAAACGAAAAAUUCAUCCUCACAGCGGCCCAUUGUGUAUGCAGAAAUUCCGAGCCACGAGAUGCAUCCUUAUACUCAAUUCAAUACGACGUCCUAAACAUAACCAGGGAACCGGUGAACGUAGUGCCGGUAGAAACGAUUAACUGUAACAAAUUCAGCAGCCAACGUUUAAUUUACGACGUUGCAGUUUUAGAGUUGGCAUCGCCGAUACCGGCAGGUAAAUGGACACCCGUGGAGCUGGCUACCGAACUAAACACUGGAAGCAAACAGAAGGGAGUCAUCAUCGGUUGGGGUAGAAUCUACCACGGCGGCCCAUUAGCGAGGACGCUGCAAAAGAUGGAUGUGGACGUUUUUACGGACAAGAUAUGCGGAAGACGCUUCGAUAAUCAUCAUCACGUUUGUUUCGGUGCCGGAGUCGGAGGCGCGUGCAACGGCGAUUCUGGCACUGCUUUGAUGGUUGACGGGAAACAAGCGGGUAUUGCGUCGUUCAUCACGAGGGAAUGUGGCAUUGCCACUGAGGAUUAUCCCAAUGUUUAUUCCAGAGUACCGUCUUAUCAUAAAUGGAUUGCCGAUAUUGCUGGAUUAUAA